AUGGUAACGCUGGCCACACCACAGCUUAUGGCUGAAAUGCCCGAGCUGAGCGACGCCGCGUACUACAACCAAGUCCUGCGCCUGCCGAUCGAAAAGUCCGAAGACCACAUUGACGACGAGCUGGUGGCCCGCGCGCAGGCCCUGGGCAUCACAACCACCCUGUCCAGCCCGGCCGACAAGCGCUACACAUCGAGCGCAGAGUCCGCCUCGUCCACCGCGCCGACAUACCAUGCACGGACAUUCUCGACAGGGUCGAGCGACUCGACGGGCACCGCCCUCACAGAGCGGUCGUCACUAUCGAAACCAGACACGAUCCUGGCGCCCGAGCGCAACGAAACAGCGCGACGCACCCUCAACUUUGCGCACUACGACAAGUACCUCGCCCAACUGGGCAACAACCUCGACCAGCCCAAGUUCCGCAAGCAAGCGGUGGUGGACACCUCAUCCAAGUCCCUCUUCAGCGUAUCCACAAAGCGCAGCCUGGCGAGCGUCAAGUCAAACAUUAAGAACCGCAUGCGGUGGCGGCGCCGGUCGACACAGCCCUUUACGCCGCAGCUGUCCUGCGUGUGCUGCCGGGAUGACUUUCAGCACACAAGCAAGGCGCCAGCCCUGCAUACCCUGCCCUGCGGCCACACCUACUGCGCGCACUGCCUGCGGGUGAUGGUCAGCCAGGCCGCGCACGAGGAGGACAAGUUCCCCCCGCGGUGCUGCACGCAGCCGAUACCGGGCGCCAUUGUCAAGGCCAUUUUGACGCGCGACAACCAGCAGGCGUUUCUGAAAGCCGUCGUCCUCUUCUCGACGCCGUGGGAGGCACGCGUCUUCUGCCCCAAACCGGACUGCGGCGAGUUCAUCCCACCACGGCACAAGGUCGAUCCGAAGCGGCCCUUUGACGUGACCUGCCGCCAGUGCCGGACGCGGGUCUGCGUCAUGUGCAAGCGAGACGCGCACCCGGUGGGCAAGACGUGCCCGGAGGACUAUGAGCUCGAAAAGGUGUUGGAGAUGGCGGAGCAGUCCAAGUGGAUGCGGUGCUACAAGUGCCGGAACCUGGUGGAGCUCGCGCACGGGUGCACGCAUAUGACGUGCCGGUGCAAGGCGCAGUUCUGCUACAUCUGCGGCGGUGUCUGGGAUGCCACGCUGGGCUGUCCCAACGUCUGCAGCGGCGAGGAGGAGCUGGAGAGGCGGCGGGCGGAGGAGGAGGAGCGGUCGGCGGAGUUAGAGGCUGAGAAGAUGGCCAGGGAAGCCGCCUCGGCGCAGCAGGUCGUGGAGCGAGAGGAGGCGGCGGAGAGGACCAGGGGGGAUGCCGCCUGGCAAAGACUCCAAGAGUCGCAAGCGUGUGAGCAGCGCCGGUUCAUCGAGUUUGCGUCGAGGACGACGGCCAGCAUACGGAAGCGGCACGAAGAGCGGCGGUGCGCCCUCCACGAGAAGCGCGGGGCCGAGGAGGAGAAGAUGCGGGACCGGCACGGCAAGACGGCGGCCCACCUCGAGGACCGGCAGGUGGCGGCGGAGAUGGAGCUGCGGGCGUCACUGGAGCAGAGCGAGCGCAGCGUGCGGAUCCGUCUGAAGCACAUGGAGGCGUACUGCGAUGGACUCGGACGCAACCCCAGCGCGCAGAUGCCACACCGGACGGUGACGGAGCGGGACCUGCGGGAGCUGGGGCAGCAGUACAACCUACGCGACAACCUGGAGCGGCUGCACCAGUCCAAGAUCAACGUGAUGCGGGACCGGCAGGCGAAGCGGAUGGAGGAGCUGCAGGAGCGGCAGCAGGCAGAGCUGGAGAAGCUGGGGGCGAAGCUCCAGGAGGAAGUGGAGGAUGUGGCGGCGCAGUGCGCGCACGAGAUGGAUGCCGUGACAGCGCUGUUCGACGCGCGCAGAGCACGGCUGCAGAAGAGGUGGGAUCUGGCCGCUGAGGUGCUCUGCAAGGAGCUGACGGAAAGGGAUGGCCAGCGGUACGCGCAGCUGCCUACGCCCUCGUGGCCAGCGGAGGCGGACGAGGAGGGGCUCGGGACGCCCACGGGAUGA